AGUGCUAGCCAUGAAGAGUGAUGGUGAUGAAAAUCCUAAACACGAGACGAAAAGCCCGCCUCCUAUCAGCUCUGACGUAGCUGUAGUGGACGACAGAAUAAUGGCAGUUGCAACGCAAGCUGCGAGUUCGACGCCUAUAUCACAACUCAAUGUAACAAAGUCGUCACGGGUCCAUAUCGGACCCAAGUUCAUAUCAGUAACUCAAACCGUCAGGAAUACAGAAGAAAUCAAAGAACUUCCACUGCCGCGCUUCAUAUGGAAAGUGUUGAAGAAUACAAGUAGAGUGGAAAGAUCGCUAUGUGCUGCUGCUGUUUCAGCUUUAAUCAUAUGUAUAGCGUUGACACUUUACUUCACACUGUCAGCCAAGGCGACCACUGACGACGAUGUUGCACCUCACCCAUGGAACAUCUCUAGAGAUAUGUGGCUGGCCAAGAAGUACAAUGGGUCAGAAGCAAUUACACAGUUUGUGCCGUUGCGACUGGUCAUCGUCCAACACACGGUGAGCGCGAAAUGCUCCAACUUUAUCACGUGUGCGGCCGAAGUCCGGAUCAUCCAAACGUUUUAUUUGGAAAAACAAAAAUAUGACAUUCCUUACAAUUUCAUAAUUGGCAACGACAAUAGAGUUUAUGAAGGACGCGGUUGGGGCAUUAUGGGAGCACAUACUUUAUCUUAUAAUAGCUGUUCGGUCGGUGUGGCUUUUAUAGGUGAUUACCGCGAGCUGGAAGCCACAGAUCUUCAGAUUAAUAGAACACAGAUGUUACUUGACGACGGCGUAAGAAGGGGUUUCCUACAUCCCGAUUACUAUAUUGUUGGUGCUUGUGAUAUCCGUGAAACAGUCAGUCCGGGAAUCAACCUGUAUAAUGCCUUAAAAAAAUUGAAGCAUUUUGAUCACAGCGGACGUUUCAAACACAAAACUUGUACGCAAAUCUAUGCAAUGAUCGAAAGUGAAAACUAAAUGUGCCACUACUUUUAAUAUUAGUUCGUUUUAAGCAUAUUUUUACUAUAAAGAUAUGGAGUUAAAGUGAAUCUUGAUCAUAAUAACAGAUCGUAAAGGAUUUUUGAUCGGUCCUUACUAUAAUUAUAUUCGACACUAUUGUCCAAUUAACGGCAAACGAAAGCUUAUACUGUUAAUGUUUUUAUCAAAACCAUUCAAAUCUACGAAAUAAAUGACUAUAACGUAUUUUUUAUCUAUAGCAAACGUUUACCAAACAUUUGUUUAGGCAAAUUAAUACGUCAAUUUAUAAUCCCGAAUCAAUGAGAAGUUGUCAUCGUUCAAAUUCAAAGUUCAUGUAAGUCGUGUAGUUUUUGUGAAUUUCUUGUGAAUUUUGUGCAACUGUAGACGCCGCAAAAGCAUCACGAAACAUUGAAGGCAAAGCACCGGCCCAGUACCGAGUCUAUAAUUUAAGACUAUAAAUAUGCACGAUAGAAUAAGAUGAAGAUAAUAACAAUAAUAAUACAGAGAUUAAGAUAAUAAUAAGAACAAUCUAUCCUAGUAGGUGCACGGUAAUGUUUCGUAUGUACUAGUAUAGUUUGAUGCGGAAAUGCUCUAUUGAUAUUUGCUAGAUGAUGUGUGGAAGAAGAUUGACAAAUUGAAGCCCUCAAACUACAAGUUGAACAGACAAACAACUAGACGAAUAAAUUAAAGCAUCUGUUAAUUUUAAAAGCUUUAUUUUAGUAAAAGAUCUUAUAUUGUACAAUAGAUCGACCUCAUAAUAUGUCAGUGCUAAGAAAAGAAACGAUGCAUCUAUCUAUGAAAUCACAAAUAAUAUGUUAAAUGUUUAUUCAGAGAUUCCUUUAUGAUAUUUUGCUCUGGAAUACUUUGAUUUGACAGAUUGACAAGAUUGUGGGUUGUGUUGUGUUUGUGGGUUAAGUUGCACAUUAAAUAUUUUUAUUCGUCGACAACGGUGCUUGGAAUGCCUAAAAGCAACGAGAGUGAAUUGGUAGGAUCCGAAAUGACAUGUUUUCGGCGACAGCGACUAUAUGUUAUCCGAACGUGUAUCAGAUCGGGUAUGAAAUCCAUUAAAGUUUUCAGAUUAGAUUAGAGAUUAUGUUUUUGUACGACAAAUUCUAUACAAUGUAGAACUCAGAACAAUAUCCUGCGUAAUGAAACCUACGCUGCUUGCAUUAAUCGAGAAUAUACAAUUACCAAAACAAAAUCGAUGACUUUUCUCCCAACCCUUAUAAGACAAUUUUAAUUAUUGUUGUAUUGUAAUGUAAAUCAUAAGGUGUCAGUAAAUAUUGUUGAAUUUCGCUAAGGGGCUAAUAGUACUGAAGACGAUAAUGAUACAAAUUCCAGCUUUUAUAUAAUUUCAGUGAAUAAUAUUUUAUGGAUUAUGGAUGGAAAUACGUGAAGCAAAAACUUUUUACCCCUUUUUGCGAAAGUUGCGUGGACAGGGGAUAAUAAAACUUCCCACACUUAGCGCCUGGCCACGGGGAUCGGCGGGGCGAACAGCGAAGCGGUGGGCGAGGCGACCAUUCGCGCAGCACCGUUUGCAGGCCACGGGUACUCACGUUCGCCGCCGCGACUAGUAAGGAAGUCCGACAGCGAAAUGUCUAUAUCGAAAUUAUCUCGAUAUUGCUUACAAAUUAAUAGUUUUUUGGUUCAGGACCUAUUAUUUGGAAAAGAUUGUGAAGUACAUGAUUUGAAUAAGAAUCGGAGUAUACCUAUAGAUGGAGAAUUCCACAAGAAGUACGAGAAAUACUUUGGGUGGCUAGACUUCCAAAUAGCUGGUCUAGCUAGUAUUUCAGCUAUUUUAUUUUUUUAUUGCUUAGAUGGGUGGACGAGCUCACAGCCCACCUUGUGUUAAGUGGUUACUGGAGCCCAUAGACAUCCACAACGUAAAUGCGCCACCCACCUUGAGAUAUAAGUUCUAAGGUCUCAAGUAUAGUUAUAAUGGCUGCCUCACCCUUCAAACCGAAAUGCAUUACUACUUCACGGCAGAAAUAGGCAGGGUGGUAGUACCCACCCGUGUAGACUCACAAGAGGUCCUACCACCAGUAAUUACGCAAAUUAUUAUUUUGAAGAUUUCAUUUUUAUCACACGAUGUUAUUCCUUCACCGUGGAAAUCAAUCGUGAACGUUGAGUGUUGUUGAGUACGUAUUUCAUUACAAAAAUUGGUACCCGCCUGAUAUUCGAACACCGGUGCAUCGCUCAACACGAUUGCACCGGACGUCCGUUAGGCCACGACGACUUUAAAAAUAUAAAAUAAAAAAUAAAUAAAAAAUAUAAAAAUUUCGGCGUUAAUUUUUCGCGGCGAAAACAACUAAACUCAUUUAAUCACUGCACUAUUCGCCGCGACUACCGCUCGACUCCGUGGCUCGCGCCGUCCGUAUUCAUGCAUUUGUUUUGCUCGCCCGCCGCAUCGCGCGAUUCGCUCGGUACAUUUCGCCGGUCGCUUCGCCGGUCGCCGGUGCGCGUGGCUUGUUAGGUACAUUUCUAUGCGCUUGUUUUAGUCGCUAGACGCUUCGCCGUUCGCACCGCGCGAAUAUUCGCAUCGGCGAAUGUCCCGUGGCCAGGCUGUUAUAGAGAAUAUACAGAAGGAGUACAGAAUGCUAUUUUUUUUUAAAUUAUGCCUAAAAAAUACACUAAAUCAAUAAAAAAACGUUACACACACACGCAUAUAUUCUUGUGUUUAUUUUCAAACUUUUGUUAUUGUUUAAAGUGUAUGGUCAAAUAAUAGAUUAAUAUUGGGGACUUUUUGCGUGAACGCGAGGUGUGAAGUUGUGUGAUUUGUUUUAUUUUGUCUAAUUAGUGUUUCUUCAGGUUUAAAUGUGUAAUAACGGUGGUUUAUUAACUGUUUAGUAUCUGUGAAAGUGCACAAAUGUGAGAAAAUGAAACAAAGCCGCUGAACGUAGCUUCUCGGGAUCGGGAAAAGUCCAAUAGUCUCACAUUUUAUUGAGAUUAUGUUAUACUUCACCCCAUAUCAUCUCAUCUCAUUUCAUUUCAUUUCGUUUUCAUUUUAUUUCAUGCCAUGUUUCAUAAUAAUCAACUUCAUUUCAUUUCAUAAUAACAUUUUCAUACAAAAAAGUUAUCAUUAAAAUUAAAACAAGACUUGACCUAAAGGUUUUAGUUACUAGGUCAUAAAAUCCCUUAAAAAAAAAAUUAAUAUUGUUUGUCAUUAAUAUUAAUUAACUAUAGUGUAGCCUUGGUGAAAUCUGUGAUUCUAAAAGUAUAGCCUUUGACAAUAGAACCAUAUUAAUGUUCAAAUUUAUAAUUUCUUUUAAUUAUAGUCGAAUUUCGAGUACUGGGCGACUUCUAGUAAUAUUUUAAGACGCAGCGCAGGACCUCGUUGUGGCGUGGUUUGGGGAGACCUAUGUUCAGCAUUGGACAUCUGUGGUCUGAAAGAUAGAAGAUUUUUUAAAUCGUUAAAUCAAAUAAUUAUAGCACUACUUAAUAUAAAUCAUAAUCGUUUCAUAUGUGGUUAAUCGUUGGGUUUUCGUUCAUCUUCUAUAAGAAUUUUGUAUUUGUAGCCGUUACCGAAAUCCACAUGAAAUUAUGAUGGCGCAUCAUUCUCUAGUUUUCUAGUCAUUUAUGUGGAAUUGGGAUCGUGGCACAUAAAAUAAAGUUAUUCCAUUGUUGCACUUUUAUUGUUAUCUUGUCAAAUCUUUUGUAUUAUAUUAAUUAAAAGUAUGUAUUACCUUUUAUACGCCUUGCUCUUCAAUCGCCUUCGCCAUCUUCCUUUUCUCUCUCAUUCUGUCUGUCAUUCUCUUAUUCCUUUCAUACCGUUUUCUCUCACUCACAUCUUAACACUCCGUUCCACACUCUCUUCAUAGAUUCCGUUCUUACCAAUCGUACAUUUAUUUUGGUCCUUAAUAACGUUAUAUUUUUAUAUAUGGUGGCGUCGCUGUUUAUCUAAACUAUCGCAUAUGUUCUUAUCGCAUGUGCAUGUGUGUUUGAAAUUGUCAUGGCCAAAAGGAUAGGACGCUCGGCGUACCCGUAUCAAGCGAUACGAUUGUCGGUACGAGCACCCCGCAAAUGAGUACUAAUAUUUCUGUCUUUUUUUUUUCAUUUUAUGAUGAUAGCCUCUCAAGGCUAUUUCAGCUUCACCCUAACGUGUGUAGGUGAGCUUACGGGGCUCAAACCGGAGUGUUGCUAACACUGACUUAGGGUCAGUGUUAGCAACACUCCGUAACACACUCCACAAAGGGCAGUGAUUCGCAGAAUCUACCACCGGACCGGAAACGCGACCCACUGAGUAGAUCCGACGAGAAACUCAGUGGGCUGUGUCUACGGGUUAAUUCGCUCGUCGAGCCCUUCGUCGCCAGCGACGGGUGCGACGAGGACGUUGAUCAGAAUUUCUGAUAAGAUGCACACUUGGUACGUAUUUACUGUUGUAGGAAUAACAUCUAAUAAUGUAAUAAUCACAGAGAAUAGGACGCGUUGUAAGCCCGCAUGGGUCGGUAAUGCCGUCCUGACGAUAUCUGCGCCAAGCAGCCUUGCGUUCCAGUUUCAAGGCAAGGAACAGCCAUGGCACGUUCUAUUCUAUGGUAAAUCUAUGUGCACUAUAUCAAUAUCCUUAUCUGUCUAUAUCUCCAUGCACUCUAUUUAUUUAUCCAUUUAUUAUUUACUAACGACCUGCCCUCGCUUCGCUUCGGAAACUGUAAUUUAUUAUUGAUUUCUCCACUAUUUAAUGGAUAUUAUUGUACAUAUAAACCUUCCUCUUUAAUCACUUCAUCUAUUAAAAAAAACUGCAUCAAAAUCCGUUGCGUAGUUAUAAAGAUUUAAGCAUACAUAGGAAUAUAGGGACAGAGAAACCGACUUUGUUUUAUACUAUAUAGUGAUCUAUUUGUUAUAACUCUAUGUCUAUGUCUAUAGACGUAUCUAUAUAAAUCUAUUACAAAUCCUAUUGAGAUUAUUCUAUUUUUAUGGGGCGACGCCGCUGUCGCCAACAUCACUAGUAAGACGGGUAUGGAAUUCACGCGGUGAUAUUCAAGCGUUUCGUCAUUCACUUAACAAUAAGUGAACCAUAAGCUCGACUAUUCAUCUAAGUAACAUGAUUUUGUUAUUGUAGAGACCUAUUGUAGGCGAUUGCAUGCAGCAGAUAUGCGAAUGUUGCGAUGGAUGUGUGGAGUAACGAGAAUGGAUAGAAUACGGAAUGAAUAUGUUAGAGGAAAUCUGAAAGUGGCACCUGUGACAGAGAAGCUGAGGAGUGCGCGUUUGGGACGCUAUGGACAUGUGAUGAGACGAGAUGAAAAUGAGGUUGGUAAGAAAAUGCUAACUAUGAAUGUGGAAGGAUAUAGAGGAAGAGGUAGACCUAAGAAAAAAUGGAUGAAUUGCGUGAAACACGAUAUGGGUAAGAGGGGAGUGAGCGAAGAAGUGGUAUAUGAUAGAAGAGUAUGGAAGGAAAAAACAUGUUGCGCCGACCCCAAGUAACUGGGAGAAGGGCAGGAUAAUGAUGAUGAGUGACCUACAUUUUUUAAUUGAACUGAAUUAUCUUAAUGAGAUUAUGAAUCGUGAUCACAUUACAGUUUUCAUAUAUAUAUUUAAUUCCAACUUCAAAGCAUUUAAUUAUUUCGGCUGUGUAAAAAAGCCGCUGUACAAAAUGUAGCUACCUUAAAUAUGUAACUAUAAGAAAAUAAUGCGACAUAAGAUUCUGAUAUUUACUAGUUGCAACUGAUUGCAAUUCUAAGUUCAUACAUACACAUCAAUAUAUAUAUAAAAAAUCUUUGUUGGAAAACACAUAAGUCUUAAAGUAAAAUUAGUCUAAAGACGUCGUGGCCUAAAGGAUAAGACGUCCGGUGCAUUCGUAUCUAGCGAUGUACCAGUGCUCGAAUCCCGCAGGCGGGUACCAAUUUUUCUAAUGAAAUACGUACUUAGCAAAUUUUCACGAUUGACUUCCACGAUGAAGGAAUAACAUCGUGUAAUAGUAUGCUCGUGUAAAGUAAUAAAAAUCAAAGUCGCAAAAUUAUAAUUUGCGUAAUUACUGGUAGUAGGACCUCUUGUGGGUCCGCACGGGUAGGUACCACCACCCCGCCUAUUUCUACCGUGGAGCAGUAAUGCGUUUCGAUUUGAAGGGUGUUGCAGCCGUAGUAACUAUACUAAGAUCUUAGAACUUAUAUCUCAAGGUGGGUGGCGCAUUUACGUUGUGGAUGUCUAUGGGUUCCAGUAAUCAUUUAACACCAGGUGGGCUGUGAGCUCGUCAACCAAUCAAAGCCCAAAAAAAAAGUAGUAAUUUAGGCUUCAUAUUUUACAUUUAAAACGCAACCGACCACUUAUACUCAUAACUAAUGUUAUAUUAUGUGAAGUUACAGUAAAAAUAUAUGUAUAUCAAAAAUUUAUUUCACAACAAGAGAAUGCUACGUUUAAAUAUUUUAAUGAAAACGUUGGACAUAAAAAAGUGUGUGUUCACAAACUAAAUAAGUAAGUAAACUUUGUAUCGUUUCCAGAUAUUGAUAAAUAAAUUUUUAAUUUUGUAAAAA